AGACAGGCAGAGAGUGCGAGACAGAGGGCGAGUAAACGCGCGGCGGCAGGUCCCGCUGCCCCCUCCCUCCUGGCGCCGGGCAGCAGCGGGAGCAGCAGCGGGAGACGCGGGCCGGGGUGAUGGGCGGCGCGCGGCAGGCUUCUGUUCAUUUUACCAGUAUCAGAAAGCAGUGAGGUGAAAAGGCAUCCUUUGGGAGCCCAGAUAACCAAAGUUCACUUGCAACCAAAGACCGUAAACAUGAAGAAAUAGAGCACAGAUGAGUAAAAGCAAUACUUCCAGAUUCACAUAGAAGUGGCCAGUUCAGAACUAAAGAAGAUGUUAUAAGGACCCAUUAUACUGGUAGAAAUUUAAAAAAUAUGCUACUCUGACAGGUCCAACUGUACUCUGCUAAGACUAUAACUGUAUUUUACUCUUCAGUUCUCUGUUUCAUAAAAGACAAUGUAAUAACAGCAGUACCAGUCUUUCAGGUAAGACUAGGUGCUCCCUUACCCUUGAGUAGACAUGAGCGAUCAAAGGUCUUUGCAAGAAGAUAAGCACAAACCCAGCAGAACCUCCUUAAAGUUCAAGGAGACUUCAAGAAUUAUGGAGACUGAUGACUACUUUGCUAGAAAACUUAAAGUUUUGAAUGGUAACAUGGGUCCUACUUCUUUAAAUAUCUCUGGCAAACAUGAAAGUAAUCAAAAUAAUGGUACACCUGCUAUGCCUAAAAUGGGUGUUCGUGCUAGGGUAUCUGAGUGGCCUCCUAAAAAAGAUUGCUCUAAGGAGUUAGGUAAAGCUACUUGGGAAAGUAGACCUCAAACCAGUUACGAGAGUGUUGGAUCAAUACUUCCAAAUGGACAAAAUGACCAAAGUGAUGGACAACAAGAACAAUUAGAUUUGGAAUUUGCAGAGGCCAAGUAUACCAUAGGAGAUCUUUUUGUCCAUUCUCCCCAAAGGGGACUUCACCCUAUAAGGCAAAGAAGCAACAGUGAUGUCACCAUAAGUGAUAUUGAUACUGAGGAUGUAUUGGACCAGAAUGCUGUUAAUCCAAAUACGGGAGCAGCUCUUCAUAGGGAAUAUGGAAGUACUUCUUCAAUUGAUAGACAAGGUUUGUCUGGUGAGAAUUUUUUUGCAAUGCUCCGAGGAUAUCGAGUGGAAAACUUUGACCACAAAACUCUUGCUCCAUUUGGAUUUCCUGAAUUUUUCCACUGUGACUCUACAAUUUCUCCAAGUCUUCAUGCAGCUGCACAGAUUUCCAGAGGAGAAUUUGUCAGGAUUUCUGGAUUGGAUUAUAUGGAUAGUGGCCUGCUUAUUGGUAGGGACAGGGAUAAAUCUUUCAAAAGGAGAUUAAAAUCAGAAGCAGUAGAAACAUCUCUAUUUAGAAAACUGCGGACUGUUAAAAGUGAGCAUGAAACUUUCAAAUUUUCAUCUGAACUGGAUGAUGGAAGACUUGAGAGAAACAUUCGUUCUUGGAACUGUCAGAAGUGUUUUGCCCAUUAUGAUGUUCAGAGCAUUUUAUUUAACAUAAAUGAAGCAAUGGCUACCAGAGUUAAUGUGGGCAAAAGAAAAAAUAUAACCACUGGGGCUUCAGCUGCAUCCCAAACUCAAAUGCCAGCAGGCCAGACAGGAAAUUGUGAAUCUCCUUUGGGAAGUAAAGAAGACCUUAAUUCAAAAGAGAAUCUAGAUGCUGAUGAGGGUGAUGGGAAAAGCAAUGACCUAGUGUUGAGUUGCCCUUACUUCAGGAAUGAAACUGGUGGGGAAGGAGAUAGAAGAAUUGCACUUUCUAGGGCAAACUCAGCAUCAUUUUCUUCAGGUGAAAGCUGUUCCUUUGAGUCCUCUCUAAGUUCCCAUUGCACGAAUGCUGGUGUUUCAGUACUGGAGGUGCCAAGAGAAAAUCAGCCAAUUCACAGGGAGAAAGUGAAGCGAUAUAUCAUCGAACACAUUGAUCUUGGAGCAUAUUACUACCGAAAGUUCUUCUAUGGAAAAGAGCAUCAAAACUACUUUGGAAUAGAUGAAAGUUUAGGACCUGUAGCAGUCAGCAUCCGGAGAGAGAAGGUUGAAGAUCCUAAGGAGAAAGAAGGUUCUCAAUUCAACUAUCGCGUAGUUUUCAGGACAAGCGAGCUUACUACCUUAAGAGGGGCAAUUUUAGAAGAUGCUAUACCAUCCACUGCCAGACAUGGCACAGCACGAGGCCUGCCUCUUAAAGAGGUACUAGAAUAUGUAAUACCAGAGCUGAGUAUUCAGUGCCUGAGGCAGGCUUCCAACUCACCGAAAGUCCCUGAACAACUGCUUAAACUGGAUGAGCAAGGGCUGAGUUUUCAGCACAAGAUUGGGAUCCUUUAUUGCAAAGCAGGCCAGAGCACAGAGGAAGAGAUGUAUAAUAAUGAAACUGCAGGGCCUGCUUUUGAAGAGUUCCUUGAUCUUCUGGGCCAGAGAGUACGGCUAAAAGGGUUUAGUAAAUACAGAGCUCAGCUAGACAAUAAAACGGAUUCAACAGGAACUCAUUCCCUCUAUACUACCUAUAAAGAUUAUGAAUUAAUGUUUCAUGUAUCAACUAUGCUUCCAUACAUGCCCAAUAAUAGGCAACAGGACUUAACUACGCCCUGCUUGGUCACUGAUCAGGACAUCCCUCUAGUUUUAGAGCCAGCAGGAGAUCCAAAGAGCAAGCUUCUAAGGAAAAGGCAUAUAGGAAAUGAUAUUGUUACCAUUGUCUUCCAAGAGCCUGGAGCACUUCCUUUUACUCCAAAAAAUAUUCGUUCUCACUUUCAACAUGUGUUUGUUAUAGUCAAAGUGCAUAAUCCUUGCACUGAGAAUGUGUGCUAUAGUGUUGGAGUUUCAAGAUCAAAAGACGUGCCAGCAUUUGGUCCGCCCAUCCCCAAAGGAGUAACUUUCCCCAAAUCGGCAGUCUUUAGGGACUUUCUUUUAGCCAAAGUUAUUAAUGCUGAAAAUGCAGCCCACAAAUCUGAAAAAUUCCGAGCUAUGGCCACCAGGACACGUCAAGAAUACCUAAAAGAUCUGGCUGAAAAUUUUGUUACGACAGCUACAGUGGAUACUUCAGCAAAGUUCAGUUUUAUUACCCUCGGGGCAAAGAAGAAAGAAAAAGUGAAACCAAGAAAGGAUGCACAUUUAUUUAGUGUUGGUGCAAUUAUGUGGAAUGUGAUUGCUCGAGACUUUGGCCAGUCUGCAGACAUAGAAUGUCUCCUUGGAAUCUCGAAUGAAUUUAUUAUGUUGAUUGAAAAGGAGUCAAAAAAUGUUGUGUUUAACUGCUCCUGCAGAGAUGUGAUUGGAUGGACAUCUGGAUUAAUGAGUAUCAAAAUCUUUUAUGAAAGAGGAGAAUGUAUUCUUCUUUCUGCAGUGGAUAAUUGUACUGAGGACAUCAGAGAAGUUGUUCAAAGGCUAGAAAUAGUGACCAGAGGAUGUGAAACAACGGAAAUGACCCUGCGGAGGAAUGGGUUGGGCCAGCUUGGAUUCCAUGUUAACUUCGAAGGGAUAGUAGCAGAUGUGGAGCCAUUUGGUUUUGCAUGGAAAGCUGGCUUAAGGCAAGGGAGCCGUCUAGUUGAGAUCUGCAAAGUGGCGGUGGCAACCUUGACUCAUGAACAGAUGAUUGACCUUUUACGCACAUCGGUGACAGUAAAGGUGGUGAUUAUUCAGCCGCAUGAUGAUGGAUCGCCAAGAAGGGGUUGUUCAGAACUGUGCCGAAUCCCCAUGGUAGAGUAUAAACUUGACAGCGAAGGCACCCCAUGUGAGUAUAAAACCCCCUUCAGGAGGAAUACCACUUGGCAUCGGGUGCCGACUCCUGCUGGGCAGCCUCUCUCUCGUGCCUCUCCAAUCCUAGGAACAUCUGACAGACUGCAAUGCCAGCAGCUUCUCCAGCAGGCUCAGACAGCCAUUCCUCGCAGCACUUCCUUUGAUAGAAAACUACCAGAUGGUGCUAGAAGUUCACCGAGCAACCAGUCAUCCUCCAGUGACCCAGGACCUAGCGGGAGUAGCCAGUGGAGGCAGCAAGUGGGAUAUGACGGGUGCCAGUCCCCUUUGCUCCAUGAACAUCAAGGUUCGGGUCCACUGGAAUGUGAAGGAACUCGAGAACGAGAGGAAGCUUUGGAAGGAACCAGGCAUGCUGAAACCAAGUGGCAUGCACCAUCAACCAAAGUCUUGAGUUCCUACAAAGACCGAGCUUUACAAAAAGAAGGCACAGGAAAAGACUCUCCAAGCAAACUUUCACACAUUGGAGACAAAAAUUGUUCCAGUCAUUCCAGCAGCAAUACCCUGUCCAGUAAUACAUCCAGCAAUAGUGAUGAGAAGCACUUUGGCUCCGGAGACCUUAUGGACCCUGAAUUGCUUGGAUUAACAUAUAUUAAGGGGGCUUCUACUGACAGUGGAAUUGAUACAGCUCCCUGUAUGUCAGCUCCUCUUAUGACUCCUUUACACCUUGCUGGCAGCAGGUCUGGGGUCCAUAGUCGGGCUGAGCAGUGGACUGAAUCAUCUGAAACUCCUGGGCCAGAUGAUGAGGCUGCUAAAAUCUAUGCUGUUCAUAGCUAUGCCUCUGCCAUUUCCAGCAGUCAUACAGCUGAAGGCAGUAUUGGAGACCUCAGUGAAAUAUCCUCUCAUUCCAGUGGGUCCCACCAUUCAGGAAGCCCUUCAGCACAUUGCUCUAAAAAGAGUGGCUCUCUAGAUACCUCCAAAGUCUACAUUGUGCCGCAGAAUAGUAGCCAUCAGAUUUCUGGGUCCAUGUCCAAACCGUACCACAGACAAGGAGCAGUGAGCAAAUAUGUCAUUGGUUGGAAAAAGUCAGAAGGUAGCCCUACACCUGAAGAAUCUGAAGUUGCUGAAUGCCAUGACAGAGUGUAUGCAGAUGUUGAUGCUGUGGUUGCCUCAAGUCAGCUUCAGACUUCUGUGAGGAGUACAGUUCCUGAAAGCCAGCAAGUCUUGUCCAAAGAAGAUUUUCUGAAGUUGAUGCUGCCAGACAUCGUCUCUGUGGAAGAGGGUAGAAGAAAGUUUUCAUUUUACGGGAAUCUGUCUCCAAGGAGAACACUUUAUCGCACCCUUUCUGAUGAGAGCAUCUGUAGUAAUCGGAGAGGAUCAUCUUAUGCUAGUUCACGGAGUUCAAUGCUAGAUCAAGCCUUGCCAAAUGACAUUUUGUUCAGCACCACCCCACCAUAUCACAGCACACUGCCUCCCAGAAUGAGUCUGACUCCUGGAAUGGGAAAUCUAAGAAAUGAAUUCUGGUUCUCAGAUGGCUCCUUAUCUGAUAAAGCCAAAUUCAAUGAUCCUGGCCUGAUGCCCCUUCCAGACACUGCCACAGGGCUAGACUGGUCGAACCUGGUAGAUGCUGCACGAGCAUUUGAAGGUUUUGACUCAGAUGAAGAUCUUGGGCCGAUCUGUCACCACGCGUCAUUUCUAGAUCAGAGAGUGGCAUCUUUUUGCACCCUGAAUGAUAUGCAGCAAGCACAGGGUUUGGCAGGUACUCGAGAUAUACCUUUGGGUGAGAGUCCAACAGACGGAAAAGAUUUCCUUGAUGCUACUGGGGAGCACACUCCAACUACUCUGACUGGAAAAGUAAACCAGCUGGAAGUGAUCCUCCGGCAACUACAAACUGACCUUCGGAAGGAAAAACAAGACAAAGCAGUUCUCCAAGCUGAAGUCCAGCAUUUGAGGCAAGAUAAUAUGAGACUUCAGGAGGAGUCUCAAACAGCAGCUGCUCAACUGAGGAAAUUUACAGAAUGGUUUUUCAAUACUAUAGACAAGAAAUCUUAAUGUCAAGGCCUCUGAGAAGCACUCUUGGAACUGUGUAAUAACUGUAUUUUUGAAUUAGCCGGAUAUAAUUUCACUGUUCACAAUUCAUUUUAGAUGUUUCUGCUAUAUCCUCUGUCUAGCUUUAUUCAUUUGAACGAGACUGAGGGCCAUGGGGGCGUAUCUUUGUAUUCAUCCGAAGAAAGCAGAGAAUAGCAGACAUUUGUUUGUGUAAAGAUGAAUGUAAAAUUUCUCGGUGUCAUUUUAGACAUUUUUAGAAGACGCUCUGGCUUGAGCUUGCCUGAAGAGGAACAUAUUUGGGGGUUGAUUUCCUGUAUUUUCAGGUGCUCUGGUGAAGAUGUUUAAAGCAAUUUACAUUAGCUUGGGCUUCAGUAUUGUAAGAUAAAAAAAAAAAUAACCAGACAUAUACUUUAAUGUUUAAAAGGUGCUCUAUUUUUUGUAUGUACAGUAGUUUAUUUCCACAGUCCACAUUGUCAUAGCAAUAAGAAUGGAGGUAUAGUGAAUAGUCACAAAGCUGUGUUUAUAAAGAGUUAGCACUGACGUGUUUAACACUAGUUUGGAUGCAGAUACAUUAGAGAUUUAUUUAUUUGCAGGAGCAAAUGGUGCCUGAAUAUAAACAGUGUUCUGAUUUUCUAAAGAUACACAUGCCUUGUAAAUGGCUCACUGGGUUAGGCCACUCCAAUUUCAGUUACUUUUGUAUAGUUGAUGUUCAGCUAAAACAGUUAUACUGCUUAACUAUUAAAGUCAUGGAUGGUGUGAGCCAACCAAUCACUUGUAAAAUGCCAAAUUUAUCUUUGUACAGAAGCUUUGAUCAGCUGUCUUGUAUUUAACACCUUUAUUUAAGCUUAUUUAACCUUAAAUUGUUAAUUUUAUAAAGUUUGUUUUAUCUGCACUAUGGUGAGGUCAGUUGGUUGCAAGCUGUAUUAUUUUAGCUUGCCAAGACUAUACUGAGGAGUUCUAGAAAAUUCUAACAAUUGGAUGCUGCUAGUACACAAUUUAUUUGUUUGUAUGCUUUAACAUUUUUAACUGUUUCAUUUGAGAUGAACAUACAUUUUGCUUUUUUAAUAAAUGUUAAAAAAUAUAAACCUUAAAAA